AUGACACCACUUUUCUUUCAAAGACGUAGUCAUGCUGAAAAUAUCUACCUAGAGGACAAGUCACAAAGCAUAGAAAACAUCAUAAAGAAAAGAGAGUCCAGCCUCGCCGGCCCAGCCUGCCACAUCCUGGUGCUCAGCCACCGCACCAGAGGCAAGCGCUGUGCUCCGGGAAGUGCAAUCCCGAGGACACGGCCUCUACGACACCUCCGGCUUGGGGAAUCGGUGGCAUCCGUGGCAGGAGCAGCCGUAUCCGCCUCGGCUCCUCACUCGGGUCCUUCCCCUUGCCUCACUGAGAGCCUGUCCCAGCCACGGGGACACCUCUUUCGUCCUCCCUCCGAGGCUCUUGGGACCGACGGAUGGCCUCGGCGAUCAAGGGCCGGACUGAGGACAGCGUACUUAAAAUACUUUGUAAGGGGAAUUCCUCCAUGCUCCAGUGGUGAAGACUCCGCACUUUCACUGCGGAGUGAGCAGUCUGGAUCCUCGGUCAGGGAACUGAGAUUCUAUAAGCCACGAGGCGGCGGCGGCGACGGCGGCUCUGGAGGCGGCAGUCCCGGUCCUGGCUUCGGCCCCAGCCCCACCGUGGUGACGCUCGCUGGGCUGCUGGCGCUCCGGGCCGCCCUCCUGGCCACGGUCUCGGGCUACUUCGUCAGCAUCGACGCGCAUACUGAGGAGUGCUUCCUCGAGCGGGUCACCCCGGGCACCAAGAUGGGCCUCAUCUUCUAGGUGGCCGAGGGCGGCUUCCUGGACAUCGACGUGGAGAUUGCAGGGCCUGAUAAUAAAGGAAUUUAUAAAGGAGACCGGGAGUCCGGUGGGAAAUACACCUUUGCUGCUCACAUGGAUGGAACAUUUAAGUUUUGUUUCAGCGGUAGGAUGUCCACCAUGACUCCAGAGAUGGUGAUGCUCGCCAUUGAUAUUGGGGAGGCCCCCAAAGGACAAGACAUGGGAACAGAAGCUCACCAGAACAAGCUAGAAGAAAUGAUUAAUGAGCUCACAGUGGCGAUGACAGCUGUAAAGCAUGAACAGGAAUACAUGGAAGUUCGGGAGAGAAUACACAGGGCAAUCAAUGACAACACAAACAGCAGAGUGGUCCUUUGGUCCUUCUUUGAAGCUUUUGUUCUAGUUGCCAUGACAUUGGGACAGAUCUACUACCUGAAGAGAUUUUUUGAAGUCUGGAGGGUUGUUUAAAGAAGCCUUUUCCUGAUGAUCCCAAACUCAUAAUUCACUGUUUACCAAAUGUCUUGGUCAUAAUAAUGUCAUUAGUUUCAACGUUUUUAUUUUCUAAA